UAAACCGCCGGGCAGAAACGUGUUCCCCUGAUGCGAUACUCCCGGCCUCUCGACCACUCCCGACACUAUCGCUAAACGUUCAUGCCGUGCCGGCCUCAAACUAUCGCUUACGUUCAUGCCGUGCCGGCCUCAAACUAUCGCUUCCCCGCCGGUGUAAACCUCCACUGAUAUAACUCCCACAACCAAGCCCCCCCUGACCAUCUCCGAAACCAUGGACGACUAUCUGGAUAGCGCCAUGGAUGCGGACGAUGUCUUCCCCUGCAAAGGGUGCGGCGAGAUUCUGGAGGAGGGGAAGGCCUUCGAACUCGCCGGCAACCGAUGGCAUCUUGACUGCUUCCGCUGCAACACCUGCAACACCUUGCUCGACUCGGACGCGAACCUCCUUCUACUCGGCGAUGGCUCGCUGAUAUGCAAUAACUGCACUUACAGCUGUAGCGCCUGCAACAAUAAGAUUGAGGACCUCGCCAUCCUGACCGGAGACCAGGCCUUUUGCGCAACGUGCUUCCGCUGCAGGAACUGCAAGAGGAAGAUCGAAAACCUGCGCUACGCUAGGACGUCACACGGUAUAUUCUGCAUGAACUGCCACGAGUCGCUGAUGGCGAGAAGGCGCAAAAAAUCAAAGGCGGCCGCGCAGGCGAAGCAACGGGAGAAGGAUGCCUCCCCGAUGAUCACAGACAAGUCGCUGCCCGCGUUGCCGCCGAACGCCGUUCCGCCGAACAACUCAUUUUCCAACACGGACCGGGUGACCCCCGACUCCGAUACGCCAACGGAACUGUCUCCGCGGCCUCGGGCCGCCUAUGGGAUAAACGAGUCCUCUUCCCGAAGCAGCUCGAGGCCUGAUCGUUCCCCAGAGCGGGGGCAUGAACCCGGCAAGGAAGCCUCCCUUGCGCCAUCUGGCGGCUCGACCUACAGGCACAACCGAAACUCGGCCAUUUUCGCAGGGAACAUGGACAAUGGCGACUCGGACGGGGGCUUCUUCAUCCCCGUCGCGCUCGACCCGAGUCCCGGGCCGGCGUUGACCCCGCAGUCCAUGUCGGAUGCUUUUCCCGAGUCGAACAGGAGGACUAAGGACAGGGACUAUUUUACCUCAGCGAAGCCGCCUACAGAGAAGAAGACUGAUUCGCAGGCAUCGACGCCUCACAUCGCGUUCCAAGAAAAGUCGAGGCAGCCAUCUUCGGAUUACGAGGCACCUCAGCAGGACCGACCGGGGCGAAAGCUUUCCAAGAGGAACGGAAACCCCAAGGCCUCACCUGGUGUCGAGGAUGGAAAGGGUCCCAACGCGAAGACGCAGCCCAAUGAGGAGUUCAGGUUGCAAGACGCCCCAAGGACCAAGAGGCUUGGUAAUUCCAGGAGCAACUCCGUGUCCAGUAACUCGCUGGAUGUGCCUACUCCCGCCAAAGCACCCCCGGCCCCCCCGCGAAACCGGGAGGCUCUCUCUAACGCUACAAACGCCGACUCUCCCCGCCACUCCGCGACGGUGGACAAGUCAUCACCGCCGAGACCUUCGCAGGACUCCCGGCGGAGGGACGAUGAUGGUGUCCGCCCCUCGCUUGACUCCGCAACUUCCAACCGGCCGGACCGGCCCGAGGCAGCUGUCGCGCCGCCCAUCGUUAGGAAGGAAGUAGCUCAAAAUCAGUCACGAAAUGUGAAUGGCAACAACCCUGCUCUACCGCCACGUCCGACUGUACCCGAGACAAAAUUGAGCGACACGUACAUGCAGCCCAGGGCGCCACCUCAGCCUCCGUCUCAGGGCGCCAAGGAACCCGCGACGUCCGUCAAUGAGGCGUCAGAACCAAAGGUGUCGCCCAAGCUGCCGCGCUGGAGCUCGGGCGGGGAGUUCACGAUGGAUGAAGAUAUGGCUAGAAUACUGGGCACCGACGAAGGAUCGUCCUCGAUCCUGCGCCGGGUUUCGAACGCUGUCCGCCACGGGAGAAACAACAGCGCAGAGACAAUCAGUAACAGCAGCAACAACAACAGGCUUGGUCACAGCAGGAGCGUGAGUGAGACAACCAGGGGAACUACAUCCCCCCGCUGGCCACGCACGCCGAUUGCCGAGGACCCAGAUGGCUCCCAGGAUACCAGCAGCACCGCUUCGGCAUCCGGAGCCGGGCAGGAGGAUCCUGCGCUUUUGAAACGGCAGCUGAGGAGCUCGGAGCAGCGCGUGGCGGAGCUCGAGCGGCAAUUCAACACGGAAAAGGACCUGAAGAGCUUGAAUAAGAAACUCGUCGAGAAGAGGAAGACUGUCUCCGUGUUGGAUACCCAGACCGAGAUCAUGAUCCGGCAGAUUGAGGUGCUCGCCGGGUAUGUGGAGCGGGCUAAGAAGACCAACGAACCCAUCGACGCCCGGGAGCUGGAAGAAUCGGCAAUCAAAGAGUUUGUGCAGAAGCUUGACAAGGUCAAGCAAAACAUGACGGUGGCCAUUGAGCAGCUUCACGCCGAGCGGGAUGAACUCUUGGAGGAGAAGGCCCAAGCGGUGGAGGACCGAGACCAGGCGCUACUGGAGUUUGCGCAGCUUUCGUCCAAAAACGCCCAGCUGGCCGAUAUGAACAAUGAUUUGACGCACCAAAUCCAGGAAAGAUUCAAAUCGCAAAUCAACAAUGGCGAACUAAGGAUGCCACCCAACGGUCUCGGCAUCUACGGUCACGCCAAGGGGGUAUCAUCGGCGUCGGUCAACCUGGAUGCCGUCAGCCUGCAAACGGGGACAACCAUGGUCGGUACCGAUGCGGAUGAACCCGUCCUGGAGGGGCCCACGGUGGUCAACAUUCGGAAGGGCCAGGUGAAGAAAUUCAACUGGAAGAAGGGUUCUAGCAAGGUCGCACACAACAUUUCCAAGGGGAUCAACCGCGCAGCAGGCGCUUUCCAGCAACAGGAACAAGCUCGGGCGCAACAACAACAACACCAAAACCUGACGGGCGAUAGCAUUGGCCUCCCUUAUAACAUGACGGUCGCCCAGGUCGAGUCGCCCGUUACCAUGGCCCCUCCCACCGGGCCCAUCAACCGGGUCGGGACCGAGAGCCAGCGACAGGGGUUCGGCUUCUUCAGCAAGAAACAGGGCGCCAUGCCCAAGUCGACCUCGACCACAAACGUCUCCAGCACGCCUGCUCCGGCCGAAGCGCCCAGCACCCUGUUCGGGUCUGACCUAGUUGAGCGGGCCGACUUCGAGCGCCGCCAGAUCCCUAGUGUGAUUACGCGUUGCAUUGAGGAGGUGGAGCUGCGGGGGAUGGACAUCGAGGGCAUCUACCGCAAGACAGGCGGCAAUUCGCUGAUCAACACGAUCCGGGAAGGGUUUGAGAAGACGGAGGAUUUCGAUAUCUCGGACCCGGCGCUCGACAUCACCGCCGUCACGAGCGUGCUGAAGCAGUACUUCCGCAAGCUGCCGACGCCGCUGCUCACAUUUGAAGUCUAUGACCGGAUUUUGGAGUCAAAUACGGUACAAGAUGAAACUGAGCGCUGUAGCCACCUGAGAAAGACGGUGAACAUGCUCCCUCCCAAACACCGGGACUGCCUCGAGUUCCUCAUGUUCCACCUGGUCCGGGUGGCGAGCCGGGAGCGUGAGAACCUGAUGUCCCCCAAGAACCUUGCCGUCGUCUUUGCGCCCACCAUCAUGCGCGACCACAGCCUGGAGAAGGAGAUGACCGACAUGCACGCCAAGAACCUGGCCGUGCAGUUCCUCAUCGAGCACAGUCAUGUCAUCUUUGGCGAGGCAUGAGCCAGCCCCCUCCU